AUGGCCAAAUCGCCUAAAAUGCUAUACACGUCUAAAAUAAAAUUUAAGGUAACUAACCAACCAGUUUUGAGAAAUUUGAAAACAAUAAAAAAAAGUUGUGUUGCGUCAAGAUAUGGUCACAAGCAAAUGUUAUGCCCAUCACGAAGUUCGCAUCAUUAUGAUGUUUGCAUUACGUCUGAACAACUUUGUGAUGAUAAUAUAGAUUGUCCAGGAGGAGAAGAUGAAAAUGCUAUCAACUGUCUUUUCUAUAAAUCUACUAAGGAACAGUUAAAGCAUAUUUACAAUACGGUGCUACUUCUCGCCGAUCAUGCGACAAAACAAAACAGUCAUCGUGAAUUGUGA